GUCUGAAAGUUUUGUAUUUCUGUAGCUUCAUUUUCCUAAAAAAACUAUUGUUUCCAGUAAAAAUUUGAAGUGUUCUCUAAUUAGAGUUUAAAAAAAUCAUAAUUAUUUUAUUGUCCUUACUAUAAAACACAUAUAAACGAUAAAGUUUCCUUCAACAUGUUAUGUACUGAGACUGAGCAAAUUGAUUCUGGACGCUACAAAACAAAUUCCCAGUCUAUACAGUUUGGCCCGUGGGAUAUAUCAUAUGAUGUCAGUUGUAUUCUCCCAAGUGUGUGCUCUACUAAAGUGGUUUGUGAGAGAGAUGACGACCAAUUCUGCCAGUUUUGUAUAUAUUGUAAAGACUUGAGCAUACCUCAUUUUCCCGAUAUGGUGUUUCCUAAGAAUGUCCUCAAACUGACACACAGUAGUGGUGGUGUGAUACAGUUUAACCCUCUGGAUGCACUCAAGAGGGUUUCCUGCAGAAUUGACGCUAUAGAAGUGUCAUGUUCUGAAGCAUGGCUUGAAUCUCGGCCAGGAGCAGAAAAACAAAAAAAGACAUUUGAUUGGACAUUCUCAACAGAUUAUAAAGGGACACUGUCUAAUAAUAUUGUAGUAGAGCAUACUGAGGAACCAAUAGACUUUGAGCUUCUAAAAAAGAAAGAUCAAAUUCUGUUUUACCAUGAUCUAACAUUGUUUGAAGAUGAACUUCAUGAUCAUGGAGUAUCUAAACUGUCUGUCAAAAUUAGAGUGAUGCCCUCCUACUGGUAUAUUUUACUGAGGUAUUUCCUGAGAGUGGAUGAUGUGAUGGUACGCUCACAUGAAACGAGAAUGUUACAUAAGCUGGAGUCAAAUUAUGUUCUUCGGGAAUUUACCGCAAAGGAAGCUAAAGCACAAGACCUAAAUAUUCCAAUGACAAGAAUGAAGGAAGCUGACGACGUGAUUCCAUUCCUACCAGUGAAAGAGCAAAUAAGGGAGAAAUUGGUCAUAUGUUAACUAUAAAAUUCAAUAGAUCUCGUAGGAGCGCUGCUCUAAUGUAAUUUAAAUACCUAUGUGUCGUCAAUGAUAUAGACUGAAGUGUUUAAAGUAUUAUACGGAAAUCAA